UUAGCAGCUUCCGAGAUCACUGUGCACAGACAAACUAUACCGCGGAGAAACUAACGCCACCCCGGAGCCAAACAGACCAAAUUAACCAUUAAGAAAAGAAGAACACCAAAAAGAAGAAAAACAAAAAAAGAAAAAGGAAGUUCUGAAAAUCUGUGUAGUCAAUUUUCAUAAAUUUCUCAAUCCCGUCAGAUCUGAUUUUUCCCUCUCAAAAUAGAAAUUCAUUCCAAUUUUGGGAAAAAUCUCUUCUGACUUUUCACGUUUCUCCGAAUUGCCAAAAACCCUAGGCAGAAAUUAUGCUCCGAUUCUAGCCGGACGAGAAGAUCCGAAACCAGCUUUGAUUUCGGAGUCUUUCUUUCUGCUUCUUCUUCUUCGAUUCUUCUUCGGAGAAAUUUUGGUUUCGAUUUCCGAGGUUUUGACAUGGCGGACGCGCUGUCCGUGAUUCCGGCGGCGGUUCUCCGCAAUCUAUCGGACAAACUCUACGAGAAGCGCAAGAAUGCAGCUCUUGAGGUUGAGGGAAUUGUGAAGAACCUUGCGACGAACGGGGAUCAUGAUAAGAUAACGGCGGUUAUCAAUUUGCUAACUAAUGAAUUCACUUAUUCACCGCAAGCGAAUCACAGGAAGGGAGGAUUGAUUGGAUUAGCAGCUGCGACAGUUGGGUUGACUUCAGAGGCUGCUCAACAUCUAGAACAAAUUGUGCCUCCUGUGCUUAAUUCUUUUUCUGACCAAGACAGCAGGGUUCGUUAUUAUGCUUGUGAAGCACUGUAUAACAUAGCGAAGGUUGUAAGAGGGGAUUUUAUCAUAUUCUUUAAUCAGAUUUUUGAUGCUUUAUGCAAGCUUUCAGCUGAUUCUGAUGCAAACGUACAAAGUGCUGCACAUCUUUUAGAUCGGCUUGUGAAGGAUAUUGUUACUGAAAGUGAUCAAUUCAGUAUUGAAGAAUUUAUACCAUUGUUGAGGGAGCGCAUGAAUGUCCUGAAUCCCUAUGUCCGUCAGUUUUUGGUAGGAUGGAUCACUGUACUGGACAGUGUUCCAGACAUUGAUAUGCUGGGGUUUCUUCCUGAUUUCCUAGAUGGUUUGUUUAAUAUGCUAAGUGAUUCUAGCCAUGAAAUACGUCAACAAGCUGAUUCAGCUCUUUCAGAGUUUCUCCAAGAAAUCAAGAACUCCCCAUCUGUAGAUUACGGUCGCAUGGCUGAAAUUCUUGUGCAGAGGGCUGCUUCUCCCGAUGAAUUUACUAGGUUAACUGCCAUCACAUGGAUAAGUGAAUUUGUAAAACUUGGUGGAGAUCAGCUGGUUCCUUACUAUGCUGAUAUUUUAGGAGCCAUUUUACCAUGCAUAUCUGAUAAAGAAGAGAAGAUCAGAGUGGUUGCUCGUGAAACUAAUGAAGAGCUUCGUGGAAUCAAGGCUGAUCCAGCUGAAGUAUUUAACGUGGGAUCUAUCCUCUCUAUUGCAAGGAGCCAAUUAUCUAGUCAGUGGGAAGCUACUAAAAUAGAAGCAUUGCACUGGAUAUCAACCCUUUUGAACAGACAUCGCGCUGAGGUAUUGACUUUUCUGGAGGACAUAUUUGAUACACUUCUGACGCCACUUUCAGAUUCGUCUGAUGAGGUUGUGCUCCUGGUUCUCGAGGUUCAUGCAUGCAUAGCAAAAGACCCACAACACUUCCGUCAUCUUGUUGUUUUCCUGAUGCAUAAUUUUAGGGCAGAUAAUUCUCUACUGGAGAAGCGUGGUGCUUUGAUAAUCCGCCGACUUUGUGUACUUUUAGAUGCUGAAAAGCUCUACCGGGAGUUUUCUACGAUAUUAGAAGUGGAAUCCGAUCUGGAUUUUGCAUCUGUUAUGGUUCAGGCUUUGAACUUGAUUUUACUUACAUCAUCCGAAUUAUCUGAACUUCGAGAUCUUUUGAAAAAGUCACUCGUGAACCCCGCUGGGAAGGACUUAUUUGUUUCGUUGUAUGCUUCAUGGUGCCACUCACCCAUGGCAAUCAUAAGUCUCUGCUUAUUAGCUCAGACAUACCAGCAUGCAAGUGCUGUAAUCCAGUCUCUGGUGGAGGAGGAUAUUAAUGUGAAAUUUUUGGUCCAGCUGGAUAAAUUGAUUCGCUUGCUGGAGACUCCAACUUUUGCGUAUCUAAGAUUGCAGCUUCUUGAACCUGGAAGAUAUAUAUGGUUGUUGAAAGCCUUGUAUGGUCUUUUGAUGUUGCUUCCCCAGCAAAGUGCAGCAUUCAAGAUACUAAGGACUCGUCUAAAAGCUGUACCCUCAUACACAUUUAGUAGUGAGCAACUCAAGCGAACCUCUUCCGGGAAUCCCUACCAGAUUAUUCAUCACAUUUCAGGUGGAUCAAAUAUAAGCGAAGAUGGAGACAUACACGAGGAUGAGAAGAAUUUACAUAACGGAAUUAAAUUCACGUUAAGAUUACAACAGUUUGAGCAAAUGCAGCACUUGCAUCGUAUGCAUGCUAAAGCACAGGCACAAGCUCAAAGCACUUCCUCGUCUCCAGCAUCACCAAAGGAGGUGGAAAGACCUGAGGAAUCCACGAGACCUACUCCCGCAGAGAUGAGUAGGCCUCCUUCGAGAUCGUCGAGGAGAGGACCCCUGGGACAGUUGCAACUAUAACAGUGGCGGUGCUGCUUCUGGAGCACCUACUUGAAACAGCUAAUUAUACAGUGAUCUGGGCAUAUACAAGCAGCCAUGAAUGGGAUCUUGUGUAAUUGUAAAAUUGUAUAUCAUAGUAGCUUGUUAUGUGGAACUUGUGGUGGUUGGGAUGUUGAAAAUUGAGUUUUUGAAUUGGAGAUGGGCUCAGCCUUGGCUGAGCUAUUCUUUUGACUUUGUAAACGGGAUAUGCUCCCACGUGGUUCUGUUAUUUUUUUGUUGAAAACCAUGUGGGCUAGAGGGAUAUAUUUUAUUUAGAAGAUGCAGUUUGUUAUUUUUCAUGUUUAUUAUCUGUUACAGCCGAUGUUUAUAUAAUAAGCAAUCAGUUAAAUU